AUGGUCAUAGAAGCUCAGGAACUUGAUCCAGAAUGCGCCGAAUUAAAGGAACAAAUGUUGAAGGAAGAUAAUGAGAAAUUCUUCAUCCGUAAGGAUGGAGCGUUAUUGAAAGGGAACCGUUUGUUCAUGCCUAAAGAUAACGAAGCGGUUAAGAAGGAAAUUCUGGAUGAGGCUCAUACUUUAGCUUAUGCUAUGCAUCCAGGAAGUACUAAAUUGUAUCGCACCAUUUAUCCUUUCUAUUACUGGGAAGGGAUGAAACGGGACGUAGCAGAGUAUAAUCUUUCGAUACCAGUUUCGAAGUAUGAGGAUAUCAUUAUGGACUUUGUGUAUGGGCUACCUAGAACACCGUCAAGGUAUGAUGGUAUAUGGGUAACUGUCGAUCGGCUUACUAAGACUGCUCACUUCUUACCAGUUCGACAGACCUACUCGUUGGAGAAAUUGGCAAAAUUAUUCGUCGAUAAUAUUGUUCAUCUUCAUGGUGUACCCGUCUCCAUUGUGUCAAACAGAGAUCCCAGAUUUACUUCCAGAUAUCACUUGAGUAUUGGUAUGGCGCCUUUUGAAUCACUUUAUGAGAAGGCAUGUAGGACACCAUUAUGUUGGACAGAGGCAGAAGAAAGGUCGUUGGUGGGACCAAAGAUUGUGAAUACCACCAACGCUAAUAUCCAACUAAUUAAGGCGAAUUUGAAAGCGACACAAGACCGACAGAAAAACAUUGCAGACAAACACUCAAAGGAUCGUGAGUUUACAGUGGGCGACUUUGUAUUCCUGAAAUUGUCUCCCUGGAAGGGUGUUGUUCGUUUUGGUAAGCGAGGAAAGCUGAGUCCUCGAUACGUCGGUCCCUAUCAGAUUAUUAAGAGAAUUGGUGCAGUUGUUUAUAGGUUGGAGCUACCACCGGAGUUGUCACCGAUCCAUAACGUUUUCCAUGUUUCCAUGCUUCGGAAAUAUGUACUGGAUCCCUCUCAUAUCAUCCAGAUAGAGCCAUUAGAAGUAAAUAUGAAUGCUAGCUAUGUAGAAGAACCAGUGGAUAUCCUUGACAGACAGGAUAAGGUGUUACAGAACAAAGUUAUUCCUUUGGUAAAGGUACUAUAG